AUGCGAGCGUGGUGUCGCACGCGCGUGCGAUACCUCCACCAGGACAUGCGAUCGUCCAUCGACCGCGCGCAGGAGUCAAUCGGCCUAAUACACGUCCUGGGGCACUUUGGGCCGCGCAGCAGUAGCAACCUGAGCUACUGGGGGCUGGCGGGGUGCGUGAACAACGCGACCAUGGCGGACUAUAACCUCCGGGCGGAUGCAAUAGGCAACUUCAGCACAGGCACCAUCAUGAUGGUCGUCACCGACCGAGACAGGCCCCAGCUGGAGAGCAUCAUAGGGCAGCCAAUCCGGUCAGUGCUGGGCCUGCCCGCCCCAAGGAAGGAUCUGUACGGAGUGAACGUGUACGGCAGCAUCAACCCCACCUUUCCCAUCCAGCCCUUCACCGACUUCCUUCCUCUCGUCCCUCCGGAUCUCCUCACCAACCUGUUGCGAGGGCAGACCAUCGCAGGCGCUCCUCUCUCUGCUGGGCCCGGAUACGUGGCAAUCGUGUUUAUCGUUCCCAUCUUCCGCCAUCCUCUGCCUGCGAGUGCAUCUGAGCAAGAAGUCCGAAGCAGCAUAAGCAUUGCAUGGGCCGGUGUGGUUCACCUUGAAAUGAGGGCCCGGGAAUUACUGCACAUGCUAGAAAAUGCCACCAGCACACACUCCUUCGCAAUGUACGACAACACAGAGCCAGGCGCGCUGAAGCAGAUAUACGGCCCAGAUGAGCCACGGUUGGAGAGCGGGUCUGCCUUCCCCUUUGUGCUGCCCACACCUUCGGUGGCGCCACCUGAGCAUGUGGAGCCUUUCCCUGAGAACAUGAUGGGACGCACAUUUGAAGCCCACUGCGGGUUCCAGGUUCCCCCACCUACUUUGGACCUCGUGUACGCUCCCAUGCUGCUGGGUCUGCUGGUGCUGCUGGUGGCAGUGCUCCUGUCCAUCAUGAUUGCAGUACUGGCGUGGAAAAGGAGAAAUAUAGAGGCGGAUAUGAAGGAGAUACAGAUAUGCACGGCCAUCUUGGAGCGAGCUGAGCGGUCCAAGAGUGAGGCGGUGGCCAGCACGUCGCAUGAGCUGCGCACCCCAAUCAUUGGCAUGAUGGGCAUGAUAGAGGAACUGUUGGAGUCACCCUUGGAGGAGUGGCAGCGGGCCGACCUGGUGGAUGCGAGGGCGUGUGCGGGCGAAACGGUGGAGCUCAUCAACCGAGUGUUGGACCUCGCCAAGCUGCAGGCCGGCCGCCUGCAGCUCGAGACUCUCCCCUGCUGCCUGCGCCGCAUCACUCGUGAGGCAACUACACUUGCGCCAGGGAAGAAUUUACCAGCAAGUGCCAUGAACAACACGGCAACGGGCCACAUAGCCAUCCGCCUUUCGUGCAUCCCUCCUCCACACAUCGCCAGCACGCCACCUCCACCCGCUGCUGCCUCAGGCGCCACACAAGCCUUCUCUGAGCCGCCCCCAGCAGCAGCCUCAGCGUGGCAUCAGCUGGCCGGCUGUGUGCGGCGCUUCCCUCCGCCCACCCGCCUGCUCUGCCUCCCCCAGCACCGCCCGGACAGCCAAGGGGGGCUCGUGGGCAACAACGGUGGGCAGGCGUGUGGGCAGGCGUGUGGGCAGGCGUGUGGGCAGCCGUGUGGGCAGGCGUGUGGGCAGCCGUGUGGGCAGGCGUGCAGCAGAGACGGUGUAGGCAGUGCAGAGGAGGGGCAGGGUGGGGAUGGGAGGUUGGAGGAGGACGUGAGGGAGUGGGUGGAGGGGGCGUGUGCGGUGAGGGAGGAGGGUGAGUGGAUGGUGGUGGUGGCGUGUGAAGACACGGGCGGUGGUAUACCACCCGCGGAGCUGUCGGGGUUGCUGGACCCACAUGGCAUGCAUGGCAGCGGGCAACAUAAAGUCAUGGAGAGAAUACGGUCACUUGGGAGGGCAGAGUCAUGGAAGGGCCUGGGGAGGUCGUCAUCGUGGGGACAAAGGGAGCGCAGCACAUGGGAUCCGUUGCAGCACGAUCGCAAGGCAGCUGCCGGCCCCCGCUGGACGCCCUACCCUGUUCGCUUCCUGCUCUCCACCUCCCUUGUAGCGGAGAUGCGGGGGGGCAUGGCAGUGCUGUCAGAUGCCGCCACAGGCACCACCAUUCUGCUGGCGCUGCCCAUGGGGGGAUGGGAGGGCGCCGGCAGCACGGCAGAUGAGGAGCGGAGUGGGGAGGAUGUUGGCAAGUCAGAAGGGGCUAGUGAAGAGCGUGUGGAGAGAGGGAGCGGAUCGCAGGAAGGCAUGGAAGGGCCAGCCAGUGGUGCCACUGCGCAACCAGCAGCACCACAGCAGCGACAGGCAGCAGGGGCGCGAGCGCUAGUGCAUGCGCACACGUUUCCGCAAUCGGAGGUGGAGGAGGCCGGGGCGGGAGUGGAUGGUGCGAGGGAGGCGGAGCGGGUGGUGCGGGGGGUGGUGGCGGGGCGGGGGGUGGCGGUGGUGGAUGACAACGCGGUGAACCGCAUGGUGGCAAGGAGAACGCUGCAGGGCUACGGGGCGCACGUGCUGCUGCUGCCCUCCGGGGAGGACGCGCUGCAAGCGCUCUCCUCUGCCACGCCCUCCCAACCCAUCCACCUGCUGCUCCUCGACCUCCACAUGCCGCCCGGCAUCGACGGAUUUGAAACGGCUCGUCGAGUGCGUGCUAUGGAAAAUGCACAGCAGAUGAAUGUGGAAACGAAUGCAACAGAGAUAUGUGAAGUAGCCGAUACAAGUGUAGAUGAUACAUCAAAGAAGCGGCUUUGCAUAAUAGCAUUGACUGCAGAUUUGGAUGUAGGGAUCAAGAGAGCAUGCUUAGAGGCGGGGAUGGAUGGAGCAGUGAGGAAGCCGAUAGUGGCUGAGGAACUUGCUGCAGCGCUCUCUGCUGCAGGGUUAGUACAUAUUUCGUAG